AUGGCGGCCGCACACAUCUUGUUGGGUUUCGUUGUUCUUGUAUACAGCGCUGUUGCAAACGAAGAAACCUGCUAUACAUACGGAGAUGGACAUGUUUAUCCUCAAGAAACUAGAAGAACUUCAGGGCAUACUAUUCAGUGGAGUGAGGCGAUAAUUUCGAAGCCUGCGCCAGAUUGGAAUGGUACAGCUGUCGUCAAUGGAGAAUUCAAAGAAAUCAAACUGGCAGACUUUCUGGGGAAGUACUUGGUGUUCUUCUUCUAUCCACUGGAUUUUACUUUUGUUUGUCCGACAGAAAUCAUUGCUUUCAGUGAUCGUGCAGAGGAAUUCCGUGCCCUGAAUGCUGAGGUUGUAGCUUGCUCAGUGGACUCUCAGUUCACUCAUUUAGCCUGGAUCAACACUCCACGUAAACAAGGCGGUCUAGGGCCUCUGAAGAUUCCUCUUUUGUCGGAUCUUACCCACGAUAUCUCCAAGGCGUAUGGUGUUUAUCUGCAAAACCUAGGGCACACACUGCGAGGAUUGUUCAUUAUAGACGACAAGGGUGUUCUGCGUCAGAUCACAAUGAAUGAUCUACCAGUAGGACGAUCAGUAGACGAAACUUUGAGGCUGGUCCAGGCCUUUCAGUACACCGACAAACAUGGUGAAGUGUGCCCGGCAGGCUGGAAACCAGGCGGUGAUACAAUUAUACCAAACCCAGCAGAUAAACUCAAAUAUUUUAAAAAGAUGAAUGAGGAAUAAACUGUCCAGUCGAAUUGUAAAUGUAACAAUCCCUUCAUUCAUCAGUUUGUGGUUCAGUUUUAUCUUGUCAUUCCAUUAUAAAAUCUUUAGGCACAAUGCAGUCAUAAAAAAAACUACAUGUCUAUCUUAUUUCUAGCUUUUCAGUUUCCUCACUUUCCAGAUGUUUAUAUUUUAAGUAAAUUUUGUUACAUGAAUGUAAUGUUUUAUUUAAUGAAUUUUGUUGUAAAUGCAGGAACAAUCUGUUGUUGAAGCAUGUCUGCUGAUAUGUGUAUGUGUGAGUUUGUACUUAUAAACAUUCUGUACUUAGUUACCAUAGCCAACUUAUGCUUAACAGGGCCAUGGUGCUUCUCAGAACAAAGUAAAACAAACAAGGGGAUUUUUAAAGUUGAUGGUUUUGCUUUUGUUGGUGGUGGUCCACUUUGUUUGUGAAAAGCACUUUCUUUGAUUCUGAAACAUGGCUCAGAAGAUAGAGAGCAUGUAAGUUCCGUAGUGACAGAUGGCAUGUUUGAAAGAAAUUGCCCCCCGAUAAAUAUUUUAGUAAUUUAUAGCAGAGGACAAUGUCUAGUUUUGAACCUCAGGCAAAGAUAGUGUAUUCGUUGGAUUUGUUGGAUAUUUAAUUUUCAGCUAUCCAGAUAGAAUUGAUAUUUCAGUAGAGCUUAUGUAAAGUUCUUUAAGGUUCACUGAUGGAGUGACAGACAUGGGCCUUUUUCCCAGUGUUGCAGCUUGUGGUGGCCAUUUUGUGUUAGCCCUCAGGGAGGGCCAUCACAUGAUCUCCAACUUUCGGACUGUCUAUCAGAAUGAAAUGUUGAUAUAAGGCUGAAUAAGCUAAUUUCAUCAUUUUUUGCCAAUUUCUGCCAAAAAAGUGCACUUUUGGAGCAGACUAAUUUGGCAUGUUCUGGGUGUAGAACUAAAUUAACCCUUCAUGCACAGAGUUGGAGUUCUAUAACCUGUUCCCAUGACAAAUUAACUCAUACCAUCUACACGUAAAAAUCAUAUCAUCAUAAUGCUGUUUAGCGAUUUAAUUGUAAAUUGUAGUUGGCAAUGUACUGAUUAGAGAUAAGCUUUUUAAAUACAUGCUUGUAUUACUGUCCAAUGUCCACUGAAGGCCUCUGACAGCUAUUUCUGAUGCAAAUGAUUUCAUAAAGAUGUCUGUUGCCUGCUACUAUUUUUUAAAUUUAAUAUUCAUUAAUAAGUUCUUGUGAAAAGUAUGUUAGUGCUUAGUCAUUUUUAGAUUCUAAGAACAAGCAAUGCAUAUGUCCAUUCUCCUUGUUAAUGGAAACUGUUCAGAGUAAAUUGUACUUUAAAAACCUUGCUAUGCAAUAAAUUGGAAAAUAGGACUUUUUAAUUACAGCUUAAUGUCAAGAAAAUUAAAAAUUGCUCAUGAUAAAUGUGGUUUAUGGGAAAAUUGUUUUGGUUGUUUGUGUAAAUGAGUAGGACAUUUUUAAGUGUCAUUGCGCUUGUUUAGUGUGCUGAAUUGCCCAGGUUUGUCUACUUGCUGUAUUAGGAUAUACAUAAUUACAAAUAGUGGUGUCUGUUUUGAAAGUCAUCUUACAAAAAAAGGUUAGAACAUUUUCAAUCA